AUGGCAACAUCACGAAAUUACAGUAAAUCCGUAACAGCCGCAUCGGACGAAAUUAAGGAUAUUUAUUGUGAGCCCUGUGUUGGUGAUGGAAAACAGACAGAAGCGGAAGGAUUCUGUGUGGACUGUUCAGAGUAUCUGUGUGGACAAUGUUAUAACAGUCACGGGAGAUUUAAAGCGUUCAAACACCAUGUGCUCCAGGAUAGGAAAAAUAUGCCUGUUGAUGUAGCAAGAACCGGUGUAUUUGAUGUGUGCGUAGAUAAGUGUUCUAAACAUCCAACAAAGGUUACUGAAUACUUUUGUCGGUCAUGUGACACACUUGGAUGUAAUGCGUGCAUCACUACAAAUCAUCGCCAAUGCCAAAAUGUCGACCACGUACCGGACAUUGUUAUAGAUCUAGAAAACAACGAGAAAUUCAAAGAGUUUGCUGAAUAUUUCGAUAAAAGAAUUACAUUGCUAAAAGAAAGAAAGGACAUAAUUAAUUCAAGAAAAACUGAAGCAGAGGAAAUGAAAAAGCAGGCAAAAGCAGAGCUUAAAAAGCAGCGUAAUAAGAUGAACAAGUUUUUCGACCAUCUUGAGGCUGAAAUGGACAAAAAGAUAACGGGCAUUGACAAAAAUAACAAGGAUACACUAAAAGCAGCGUCAGAAAGAUGUAAUAUCAUAAAUGAUGAACUCAACAAAAUGAAAACUGCCAUAGAGACAAACAGGAAAAAUGGACAAAAAUGUGAACUAUUCAUAAAGAUGAAAAGAUCAAAACUGGAAAUGGAAAAGCUUGACAGUCAGUUCGAAAUGCUUUAUGAAGAGAGCAAGGUACAAAGAUAUAAAAUGGUGCAAUCCGCUCAGACAGAGGAAAUAAUGAAAAACACAACUGAAAUAUGCAGAAUGGUAACUGCAAAACUUGUUUCAGAGAUUGAUGUAAGCUCUCGCAAAGACAAGAAAAAAACAUACAUAAGUGGGAUGUCAGUGGUACAGAGAGAUUACCUUGUUGUUGCAGACAGUAACAACAAAACAGUAAAAAUAAUAGAUACAAGAAAUGGCAGAGUAACGUCUGAAAUAACUUUGGAUUGUGAUUAUGUUCGGACAGUCACAAAUGUCAAGGGCGGUCAAAUUGUAGUUUUACUGACAUCUUAUGAGCCUGAAUGCCAGAGUAAUUUUCUCACACUGACUGUAUCAGCGUCUGGUGUGCUAAGUAAAGGUAACGUGAUAACAACAAAAAGACCGGCUUGCGAUGUUGUUGGCAUUGCACAACAUCUCUAUGUGUUACAUUGCAAUGAAAUGAUAGUGCUCGAUAUGCAUGGAAAAGUUCUGCAAACAAUAGGUUGUGACUGCAGUUCCUUUCCUUCCAUAGCUGCAAGUCCUGACAAGAAAACCAUGUACUUAACAGACUAUGUCAAUAACAGUGUAACGAGUAUGACCGUGGAAGGCAAGAUCACAGCAACCUACAAGGAUAAGGAUCUAGAUAACCCCUUUGGUAUAACAGUAGACGACGAGGGCUUUGUUUAUGUAAGAAGUAAGGGAGGGAUUCAUCAGUUGACAAAGGACUGUACUAAGGUUCAAAUUAUCUUAGACGACGUGCUUGGUAGAGGCAUAACCCAUUCUGAUGCAGAUAAUAGACUCUAUGUGGCUGAACUUGAGAAAGUGAAAGUGUAUGAACUGAAGUAG